AUGGCGGCUUUAGCGAAUGGUAUUUCUCAUCAAGUGAGAGGUGCCAUGGAAUCAAGCGACCCUCUUCCUCUUACCGUUGAAGAGCUCACUGCCUCCUGGUUCACCAAGAUUCUGGGCAAGCCGGUCCACGACGCGAGGGUCGUCGAAGCUAUUCACGGCACAGCAUCCAAGAUCCUUCUUGAGCUGAUCUUUGAGGACUCUGCCAAUGUUCCGAUCAGGGUUUGCGUCAAGGGUGGCUUCAAUCCAGCUCUGACCGGCAUUCCCUACAUGCUGGCCGUCUACAGACUAGAAGCCGAGUUCUAUUACCAUGUCGCCCCAACCAUCAAGAUGCCUCUCCCGCCAACGCUUUAUAGUGGUACGGAUACCGUCAAUGGGCAGGGAAUCGUUGUGAUGGCCGAUCUCAAGUCUAGGGGCAAGCCCGAGGACAUUCUAUGGGCCAGCCAAACUGUUUCGCUCAGGGAUGCAAUCUUGGGCCUGGCGGCCCCGGAGGCAUGGGAGACGCAAUUCUCUGGGGAGGCUAGACCUCCAGUGCCGGACCACAUGUUGGACCGUGAGCGGAUGACGGCGGCGUUUCAGGCCCUCUGGAAGCCGUCAAACUCGACUCUCAAUUGUCUAGUCCACGGCGAUGCACAUAUCGGCAAUACAUUCAUUUCGCCUACUGGGGAACCUGGAUUCCUGGACUGGCAAGUUAUACAUACCGGGUCAGUCAUGCACGAUGUUUCUUACUUUAUCAUCGGCGCGCUAUCGAUUGAGGACCGGCGGAAGAACGAGAAAAAGCUCCUGCAGUCUUAUCUCGACGCUUUAUCCCACGCAGGAGGGCCGCGGUUGCAAUCAGAAGAGGUUUGGGACGAAUAUCGGAAGCAUACUUUCCAUGGAUUCGCGUGGGCUCUUGCUACGCCGAUGAUGCAGAGCCGCGAGAUUGUUCACGCGAUGACGGAACGCCACUGCGCGGCUAUCGUAGAUCAUGAGAGCGUAAAACUGCUGGAGGCGACUGAGGAGUAG